UGUGUCCCUAUAUAUAUACACAUAUAAAUAUAUAUGUAUAUAUAUAGAUGAUUAGAAUUUUUCUAAUUUCCAUCAGAAAAUUAGAAUGGCAUGUUUGUCCCACAGUGUAAGUUUCUGUAUCACUUACAGAACAGAUCAAAAGCCAAAGAAACAGAGCUUUGUUAAGUGUGUUAAUGUCAUCAAUGGGACAAAACUACUGAGCCAAGAGCAAGCUGAGAGCCUGCAGAUUCGACAGAAUAUACCGACGAAGAAGCAGUUCGUCGAUCCCUAUCGACAGGGGAUUAUAACGGAAGAGGAAGCACUUUACAGGCAGACGGUGGUCGUAAGAUCCUACGAGGUCGGGCCUGAUAAAACCGCGACGAUAGAAAGCAUUCUCAACUUGCUUCAGGAAACGGCGCUGAAUCAUGUCUGGAUGUCGGGGCUACUUGGUGAUGGAUUCGGCGCCACACAUGGGAUGAUGAGAAACAACCUCAUUUGGGUCGUUUCGAGGAUGCAAGUUCAAGUGGAUCACUACCCAAUCUGGGGAGAGGUGAUGGAAAUCGACACAUGGGUAGGGGCGUCGGGGAAGAAUGGGAUGAGGAGAGACUGGCUACUCAGGAGUAAAGCUACAGGCGUCGUAUUCGCCCGGGGGACAAGUACCUGGGUGAUGAUGAACAGGCAGACACGGCGUCUUUCCAAAAUGCCGGAUGAAGUGAGGGCCGAGAUAUCGCCAUGGUUCAUUGCAAAACAGGCAAUAGAAGAAGACAGCCCUGAGAAAAUAGACAAAGUUGGAGAAAAUGCUCAAUACGAACGUUCAAACUUAAAGCCGAAAAGAAGCGACUUAGACAUGAACAAUCAUGUGAACAACGUGAAGUACGUUAGAUGGAUGUUCGAGACCAUUCCUGACGAGUUCUUGGAGAGUCAUCAGCUGUCGGAAAUAAUACUAGAGUACCGGAGAGAAUGCGGGAGCUCGGACGUGGUGCAGUCGCUAAGCGAGCCUCAAGAAAGUGGCCUGAUAAAACCUGGAAUUCAGCAAUGUAACAGCACUAAUGUGAACGGACACAGCUCAUUAUCGCAUACAGGAAUUCUCGAGGGAAAUGGGCUUCUGGGAUUAGUAAAUCAGUUACCUCGCAGCUACAUUCACCUUCUUCAGUUAAAAGGGGAAACAAAAAAUGAAGAAAUGGUGAGGGGAAAGACAACAUGGAAGAGAAAGCACAUUUACCAACCAUUUUCAGUUCCCCCGUAA